AUGUCUUUUCAGCUGAAGAGGCAAACUAUUAUCUUUAUCAUCCUUGCGAUCUUGAACCUAGCCGCUGCUCUGGAUGCCACAUCUCUUUCAGUCGCACUUCCUAGGAUAGCUAAGGAGCUCAAUGGAACUGCUAUUGAAGCAUUCUGGUCUGGAACGUCGUUUCUAGUGACUUCGACAGUAUUCCAGCCGAUAAUAUGCUCCGUAUCUGAUAUUUUCGGUCGCGGAGCGGCCCUUCUCGCCUCAAUUGCACUCUUCAUGCUUGGUGCUAUCCUGGCCGGUAUAUCUCGUGGCUUUAAGCUUCUUCUUGCUGGUCGUUCGCUACAAGGGCUUGGGGCGGGGGGAAUUAUUGCCUUGACCGAGGUAGUCUUGACGGAUCUAGUUCCACUUCGAGAACGAGGCAAGUGGCUCAGUAUACUAUCGGCCAGUUGGGCUGUUGGAAGCGUCUGUGGGCCUCUCCUUGGGGGGGUAUUUGCACAGUUGGUGACGUGGAGGUGGAUAUUUUGGAUUAACCUGCCCUUUGCAGGCAUUGGUGUUCUCCUGGUCCCAAUGCUAUGGAAGAUUGGCCUUUUUCGGUCGUCUAUCCGUCCAAAACUGGCAAAGGCUGAUUACAUUGGUUGUAUUUUGUUCACCACAUCACUGACAUCAGUCCUUCUCCCGCUAACCUGGGGUGGAGUGAUGUAUACGUGGAACUCAUGGCACACAAUAUUGCCCCUAGUACUAGGUUUGGGCGGUCUAGCGGCAUUCGUCGCAUAUGAGAAGCUCUUUGCAGUUAAUCCGCUCAUCCCGCUGCAUAUCUUUCAGGAUCUGUCCUCCUCCUUUAACUAUAUGGGGUGCUUCCUCCAUGGCAUGUUGUUGUGGUCAAUGCUUUAUUACCUUCCGCUCUACUACCAAGCGGUCCUAGGUUAUAAACCAAUUAUAUCGGCCGUAGCAUUGCUCCCAGAAACGUUUACCGUUGCCCCGGCAUCCGGCUUAGUUGGCAUACUCAUUGCUCUUCGGGGUCACUAUCGGUGGGAGAUUUGGAUUGGUUGGAUUCUGACUACUACCGGGACUGGUUUGCUUUAUCUGUUGCAUGUCGAAACAAGUAUUCCUCAGUGGAUAUUCUUAAACAUAGUCCCUGGACUCGGGACGGGGAUUCUGUUUUCUUCUUUGACGCUUGCUAUUCAGGCUUCUGCUCCAGAAAAUAAUAUGGCCAUGGCUGUGACCAUGACGAAUUUUUUCAGAAGCGCGGGACAGGCGAUCGGCGUAGCUGUUGGCGGCGUCGUGUUCCAGAAUUCCAUGAAAUCGCAAUUACGAAACCAUCCUCAAACGAAGGGAAUCGCUGAUCAAUACGCUAAAGACGCCUCAGCUUUAGCAGAGGUUAUCAAGGGUUUGCCUGCUGAUCUUCGGGAUCCAACCAAGCAAGCUUAUGCCCAAGCUCUUGCUACACUUUGGGCUGUUAUGUGCGGUUUCGCAGGAUUGGGGUUACUCACAAGCGUGUUUGUCAAAGAAUAUAAGAUGGACCGCAUAUCGGGAUGGGAACAUUCUACGGUUAACAAGUCGUCAAAGCGGACACCCAAAACACUGAAAGCGGCAUAA